AUGGCGACGGCGACGCUCCGAUCCGCGGCCUCCCUCCGCGGGGCUCUCCUCCGCCACUUAUCCGUGGGUCCCGCCUCGACUCCGCACGCCGUCUCCCGGGUCCCAGAUUUCCAUGUUCCUCAGUCUAUUAUGUGGAGGCAUUUCUCAACGUCCAGGCCUAAUUCUCUUGCAAGGCAUGACAACUUUGGUCUGGUUACCUGUUUGCACACUCAGAUAAGAUGGGCUUCGCAGGCUGCUGCUGUGAAAGAAACUGAAGCCAGUGGCAGCAAGAUAAGCAUCGGACCCAAACCAAAACAGAUCAAGGAGGAUGACGAGGAUGCUAACCUGGUAUAUCAAGGGCCAAUAUCAUCAACCAUAAAGAAAGUGAAGCUUCUCUCUCUGUCCACCUGCUGCCUCUCCGUGUCGCUAGGGCCAGUGAUAACAUUCAUGACUUCACCUGACAUGAAUGUGAUCCUCAAGGGAGCAGUUGCAUCCACCGUCAUUUUCCUCAGUGCCACUACAACUGCAGCCUUGCAUUGGUUCGUGAGCCCAUACAUUCACAAGCUCCGGUGGCGUCCUGGUUCAGAUAGCUUUGAGGCUGAGGUGCUGACAUGGCUAGCUACUCCCCUUAAAAGGACUGUCAAGUUUGCCGAUGUCAGGCCUCCCGAAACAAACAGGCCUUUUGUCACCUUUAAGGCUGAGGGGAACUUCUACUUUGUCGAUGCUGAUCACUUCUCGAACAAGGCCUUGUUGGCUAGGCUAACACCCCAGAAGCUUCCUCAUGAGUCUGCGUUCAAGAACUUGUGA